AUGUCCCGGCCCCAGGUCAGCAUCGACCGGCUGACCCCCCGUCGGACCAAUGCGGAGCCCCGUGAGUCCAUGAACUAUGCCGUCCCGAAGAAACGGGGUCCCAAGACGGAUGUCCUCGAGGCGCUUCUCAAGCGAGUAGAUGGACUCGAGAAACGGUUGCAGGAUGAAAACCAUCCGAUCUCACCUGCGUCAUCGAGCUCUCCGGUGAAAGCGUUGGAGAUGGCGUCGCUCUCGCAGGUGAACUUUCACCCGCCGCCUCCACCGCAUCAGUUUCCUCCUCCGGUGGUCCAACACCCUCCGCCGCCGCCAACUCAGAACCAUCUCCCGGAAUCCAUGCUGGACACGUAUUUUGCGCGGCUCCACGGGAAGCCGUUUUUUAUCCUGGAUGAGACGGCCACUCGUCAACGAUAUCAACGGGGACAACUCCCGUCGUUCUUGUCCAUGGCAAUCUAUGCUCUGACCUUGAGGUAUAACGGACCCAGUCCCCAACCACAAGGGCUGGACUACGCGCGACAAGCGAGACGCAUGGUCGACAUCGAUAAACCGUCGACAGAGGGGUUGCAGACACUCCUGCUCCUAUCGCAGACAUUCUUCGCUUAUGGCCACGGGAAACGGGCCUACAUGACUCUGACCAACGCAGUGGCCAUGGUCUUGGCCUUGGACUUGUACCGAGAAGUCCCAUCGCAAUCGCUCCCGGCUACCGAACGGGAAACGCGACGGCGGCUGUUCUGGACGGUCUACGUGAUGGACCGCUUCCUCACGUGCGGCUCCAAACGGCCGUGUCUGAUCGCCGACCACUCGAUCGUGUUGCGUCUCCCGGCGACCGAUUCAGAGACGGGGGAGUUCUUCAACCCAGUCGGGCCCAACAUCCAAUACGGAGAUGUCCGUCGCAAGGGCUCGGGAGCAGCCGCCCUGUUGGUGGAUAUCACGCGGAUUCUGGGGGUCACCCACCGCUACCUCGCGGCGGGCGGAGUCAAGGGUGACUCUCAUUUCCCAUGGCAUUCGCUCUCCAACCUGUCCAAAAUUCGGCAGGAACUCGACAUCUGGGCUGCUGGUACCCAGGAUCUCUUCGCAUCGAUAGAGGCCCUGUUCGGCCACCCGGAGAGCACGCUCCUCCUUCUCAGUAAGCUGAUCUACCACCUCGUCCACUGCCUGCUGUAUCGACCAUUCCUGCCCAUCGAUCUGGUUGAGCUGCGCGGAACCGGCCAACACCAGUCGUGGCAGAUCGAGGCGACGACGCUGUGCUUCUCGCACGCCAACGCUAUCGCGGAACUGGCCGAGCUGGCGCGACAUGCGCCGCGGAUCGAAUGGCCCGAUCUGGUCGCUUACUGCGUGUGCACGGCGGGGACCGUUCACGUCCAUGGCGUCCAUUAUCACGGCCGUGAGGGGGAAGUGUUUGCAUCUAGCGCCGACUUCCUUGGGCGCGAGAUGCAGCAGUUGGCAUGGCUGCGCCAGCAUUGGUCAGGCGUGCACCACCAACGCGAGAUGUUGCAGACGCUGUCUGCCUGCCACGCGGACCUGGUGCGUACGUUGGCGGCGCGGCCGGUGCGAUUCGCGCCGGUCUUUCAUCUGGAAGACUUUUUCGAUCGGUAUCCCGGUUUGGUUGUGGAUGCGGGCCACGUGCGCAUGGCCGAUGUGGAUGAACCGGUGUCGUUCGAGCGACCUGAUUUCUCCGACAACCGCCCCAUGUACCACGGACUUCCAUCUCUACCACAGACCACGCGGAGCAACUCGAUCAGCUUCCAGCCAUCCCAGCACACGUCGGGCUGGCCAGACCUUGGUCUGCCUGACGCCGGUCUUCCGGGGUUCUCGCCGAGCGGCGUCGCUGGAUCCCCGGGCGCGUUCCUCGCCGAAUCAUCUUUUGCCGGCGCACCGACUCCCCCGGCACACCACCAGCCGCAGCCGCAGUACGCGACGUUCCCGUUCGAGGCAAGCGUCGGCACGACGGCCUUGACGCCAGACGAGCAAUCGCAGAGCGGCUCGGCCGCUGGCGGCGCGACGACGGACACAUCGGAGAAGGACCCGUUCCUGAGCUUGUUGGAGCAGUUGGCGGAGAAUGAGCAUUCGCAGGGGGGACCGAGUGAAUUGGAUUUCUUUCUGGGGGAGCGACUGGACGAGGGCCAGACGGAGGCUGUUUGA